AUGUACACAGGUGGCUGCUGUCGGUUCAACGCCGCAACAUGGUCAACUCACAGUCCACUUUGCCGAGAACACGGGUGGCGAAAAGCAGGACUAUUUCCGCAUGUGGAUUUCAUGUACCUCGUGCUGAUCUCAGUAUUCGCCACUUUCGGAACCAAAUCAUUGAUGUGGUACUUCGCACGAUCAUCCAUCCAUAGCUCUCCUCCGAAACGCAAACUUCCAGUUAUUACCUACACUCCCAUCUGGAACGCUAAAUAUGAAACAAAACUGGGUUUUCCAAUCAUUGACUUUCGAAGGUUUCCACGAGAGAUUCGAGACAUGAUCUACGAGUAUAUGCUUCGAGAAUCGGAUGCCGUUGAGCUCGCAGUAGGGACGAACCAGAUGAUUGAAAUAUGGGGGGAUACCAUCGAUGCAUUCUGCGCUCUGGCCAACGACCCAGAAACCCGCCACGAGUCGUGUACUUUCUGGAUGUCUAACAACAAAUUCCGAAUAUUCGAACGGCGGCCCGCCCUUCCCUUUGGUGCCACCAUCACUUUUCUCCUUUCCGUUGGAAACCCCUACCGGAACAUGAUCAAGAGUCUUGAGAUCCGCAAUUCAGGCGACGUAGAUCUGGUUGAGCACGCAGUCUUUGAUCAUCUCAGCUUAGCAUUUGAAAAGCUUUCUCUCGUCAUCGACGUACUGAAGCACUUCCCGAAUCUAGAGUCACUGCUCAUCGACAUUGAGCCCCUGCAACUGUUCUCCCGACUCGUUUGCGGAGAUACUAGCACCAAUGACCUUUAUUCGCUGGCGUACGACAUCAAAGACGACGAUGACGGCUGCUCAAAGAUGACACGACUGGAAAAAACGGAGUGGAUGGAGAACAACAAAGUUCUUCAGUUGCUCAUUCGGGUAGCUAAGCAGGUGAAUUUGAAGCGCUUGGUAGUGAGGUGGGCCAAGCUGGAUGACAGGAGCUCGACGUGGGAUGCGCUAGGAGCAUGGCCAAUUGUGGAAGACUUGUCAGUUCUGUAUACUUGGCAUGAACAUGCAAUCCAGCUUAGCAUGGAGAACUAUCUUAGGGAGAAAAUCCACCCUUGUGUCCUUGGGCAUGGCCCUGUUACACAAGAACGUGCACUGGUGCCAAAGACGCAAACAGGAAUUCGGAACUCCCCUGGCGCACGUCCCUUACUAGAGCGACUCGGUGUGACAUGA